AUUAAUUAGUGAGUAAAAGAGUGGGAAGAAAGAAGCACUUCCUCUAUCUAUUUAUAGACAACUCAUACACUCAUCCAUUGCUUCCCUCCCACACCACUAAGAGCUCUAUAACAAUGGCUUCCGAGAAGGUCGAGACCAUUAUCGCCGGAAGCUACUUAGAGAUGGAAAGGGAAGAUGGUAGUGAUUCCAAGGCUUCUGCUAAGAGCAAGCUAUCGACGUUUUUCUGGCACGGCGGCUCCGCCUAUGAUGCAUGGUUUAGCUGUGCUUCUAACCAGGUUGCACAAGUGCUUUUGACACUGCCAUACUCAUUUUCACAACUGGGUUUGUUGUCUGGGAUUCUAUUUCAGCUUUUUUAUGGGUUGAUGGGAAGCUGGACUGCUUACCUUAUCAGUCUACUGUAUGUUGAGUACAGAACUAGAAAGGAGAGAGAAAAGGUCGAUUUCAGAAACCACGUAAUUCAGUGGUUUGAAGUUCUUGAUGGACUUCUGGGAAAGCACUGGAGAAAUUUAGGCCUCUUUUUCAACUGUACUUUUCUUCUGUUCGGAUCUGUCAUUCAGUUAAUCGCCUGUGCAAGUAACAUCUACUACAUAAACGACAACCUCGACAAGAGAACUUGGACGUAUAUCUUUGGAGCUUGCUGUGCUACAACUGUCUUCAUCCCUUCAUUUCAUAAUUACAGAAUCUGGUCAUUCUUGGGUCUUAUUAUGACUACUUAUACUGCAUGGUACCUCACCAUUGCUUCCCUUAUCCAUGGACAGGUUGAAGGAGUGAAGCACUCAGGUCCAACCACGAUGGUUCUCUACUUCACUGGAGCUACCAACAUUCUCUACACUUUUGGUGGACAUGCUGUUACAGUGGAGAUUAUGCAUGCAAUGUGGAAGCCACAGAAAUUCAAGAUGAUAUACUUGAUGGCAACACUUUAUGUGCUGACCUUAACUUUACCAUCAGCUUCUGCUGUGUACUGGGCUUUUGGAGACGCCCUCUUGACUCAUUCGAACGCUCUCGCUUUGCUUCCGAGGACCAGAUUUAGAGACACUGCUGUUGUUCUCAUGCUUAUUCACCAGUUUAUAACAUUUGGAUUUGCUUGCACUCCAUUGUACUUUGUGUGGGAGAAAUUCCUGAGGGUUCAUGAGACCAAGAGCAUGUUAAAGAGGGCCCUUGCCAGACUUCCAGUGGUGAUCCCAAUUUGGUUCCUUGCAAUCAUAUUCCCGUUCUUUGGCCCCAUCAACUCAACUGUUGGAUCUCUUCUUGUCAGCUUUACUGUCUAUAUAAUCCCUGCUUUAGCUCACAUGGUCACUUUUGCUUCUCCACAAGCCCGAGAGAAUGCUGUGGAGAGACCACCAUCAUUCUUGGGAGGGUGGGCAGGAUCAUACACCAUGAACAUCUUUGUGGUGGUGUGGGUGGCAAUAGUGGGAUUUGGAUUCGGAGGGUGGGCAAGCAUGCUCAACUUUAUACACCAGGUUAAUACAUUUGGUCUAUUCACCAAGUGCUACCAAUGCCCUCCCCACAAAGCUUGAGGAGAGAGAUUCCUCCUACUUUUUAGAAAGUUUUCUUAACAAUUUUAAAGAUACAUAUGUAAGUGUGUGUAAAGAGAUUGGCAUUUGUAACCCUUUCUUUUUUUUAUUACUUGAUUUGUAUUUUUUUUUCCUUUUGUAGCUUCUUUUUCUUUGUAAGAUGUUCUUGUUGAUGGGUUUUCGGAAAAAAAGGUGUGAUGGCAAUUAUCAUGGCCACCUUUAUACAGA